CGGAUGUCUUCCACGUGGCACUCGCCUGUCUGUUGUGCGUGACACGUGGGUGGGGCGUCGGGAUAUGGAAUGGACGUGACACGUGGCUGGGGCGCGCAGAAGUCCCAUCGCCACAAGGAUCGGGAUCGGGAUCGAGACAAGGCGAAAGACAAGGAGAAGGAUAAGGAAAAGAAGGAGAAGGAGAAGGAUCGGGAUCGGGAUCGGGAUCGAGACAAGGAUAAGGAGAAGGAUAAGGAAAAGAAGAAGAAAAGGAAGAAGGAUAAGGAUCGGGAUCGAGACAAGGAUAAGGAGAAGAGUGACGGAAGUAACCAUGAGCGAUCCAGUAAGAUCCGGAAGACUGCAUCUGUGAAUGGUCUGACCGAUCCGCGGCUGCAGAAUGGGUCAGCAUCUGGAAGUGGCACCGCGGGCCCGGGACCGGGUAACAUCGCGGAACAUGGCGGUGCGCCCGCCUUUCAGACUUCUGCCGCCGUCUUCUCCCAUCGCCCUUCUUCGCACCCGGUGCAGGAAGCUCCUCCGCUUCGUCCUCCUCCUCAUCAUCAUCUUCGGCCUCUUCCUCCUCCUCCUGUUGCAGUGGCUGCUCCUUCCCUCCCUCCCUGUCCUCCUCCUCCUCCUCCUCCCAAUAUGCCAUCUCAACCGCCUGGCGUUGCCUCCAGAGGGCAGUCGAAUGGGAGGUUGGAUGCGAAGGGCGCUGCUGCUAUUGGCGGCGAUUUCGCCCGGGAACCGUUUUCAAGGGCGGGCUUGGGCGGCAGCGAUUUCGCAGGCGACAGUGGUCCCGGGCGGCCACAGGGCGGAGUGGUCGCAGCGCCCGCAUCCGCAAAGCCCGAUCCUUUUCGAAUGCAGAGGCAUGCCACUGCUCACCCUCGCCCUCUCCCUCGCACCUCCCCUCCUCUUCCUGCCUCGGUGCCUUUGCCUCCUUCGUCGUCCUCGCAUCCUGUGCCCGCGCCUUCUGCGCUUAAAUCCCAGCAGCCGAACCUUCCAAAUGGGAGAGUGGAGACGAAGGCCUCAAGGAAACCGCCGUUUCCUCGGAUGUUGCCAGAGGCGGCGGAGCCUUCUUCCGCGCCUUUGUGGACUGCGGGUGGCGCCGUCGCCCGGUCCCAAGAGCCGAGUGGAACCUCCAGCAGCAGACCGCCCGAUCUUCCCAGGCCCCUCGUGAAGACCAUCCCUGUUCCCAAGAUACCCCCCACAGUAAAGCAGCCAGCAGUGGUGAAGAUGCCGUCGCCCCCCUCGGCUCCGCCGAACGAGCUGAAGAGUUCUGCAGCCGUACAAGCUUGGAGGUUUACAGCAGGUGCGACGGAUGUCCGUGGCCCGCUCAAUGGUACGACAAAUGGAGCUGCAGCAGUGAAUGGUGAUUCCAAGGAGAGUUCCUUGGUGGGAAAAGAGGAUCUGAUGAGUGUAGAAGGGACGGGGGGCGAAGAGCGGAAGAGGGAGGGCAAGGGGGAUUGGAAGGAGGGAGGGGAGGAGGAAAAGAGGGAGGGGAAGAGGGAUGGAAAGAAGGACAAGAGGGACGGAAAGAAGGACAAGAGGGAGGGAAAGAAGGAGAGCAAAAAAGAGAGGAAGGACCGCGGCCGGGACCGGGAUCGGAAUCGAGAGCGAGAGGGCGAAGCGAAGAAAGGAGAUGGUGGGGAGGGCGAUGCGAUCCCCACUAAGGUCGCUGGAGAAGAUGGGGGGAAUUCCGCCGCGGCUAUGGUUGUGGAGGACGACUGGCUGCAUCCGAAGAAGGUCCGGAUACCUUUGUGGAAGAGAGAUGUGAAAAAGAAGGAUCCUCCUCGGGCGCGAAUGGGAGUGGGAGUGGGAGAGGGAGGGGGAGGGGGAGGGGGAGGGGGAGGAACACACAGCAGCUCAGGGCUAGUAUGGGCUGACCCCUUGUUCCUAGAAGAAGUGGGUAUCUUUGCUCUGCCCUACGUAAUACCCUUCUGAUUGUGGCGGGUCUGCCUUUUCUCUCUCUCCACCCCUCCCCCCUUCCCCCCCCCCGCCCGUCUCUCUCUCUGUGUCGCUGGUAUCUCGCACGUAUGCCUUCUGUCUCUUCCUUCCCCCUUCUCUCUCUCUCUCUGUGGCUGUUAUCUUGCGCAUAUGGACGUUGUGUGUCAUUCUUUUUUUGUGGUUUCAGGGGGGGCGGGCGAGGGGGGAGAGGGGGGAGAGGGGGUUGAUGGUGAAGGAUUCAUUUGACGUGAUGAAUCUGAAGGGUUUUUUUGUUUAGCUUAUGAGCGUUUGUGACUUUUUCAUAGUGUUAGGGUCAUCUCAUCUCUGACUAUAGGAUCAGUUUCUGUUGAUGUGGUAUCCAUCUUGGCUUAACCCCAACUGAACCAGAGUUUGGGCAGAGCAAGCUGGCAAACAGGCAGGCAGGCAGGCAGGCAGGUAGGUGGGCAGAUUUGGCGGGUAGGCAGCGAGUGAUCAGACAGGCCUCUGUAUCCGUUGAUUGAUCGGUCACUCAGCCUGCAUGCUGCACUUCUGUGUCGUGCAAAGCGGGGUGGGUGGAGCUCUAAUCAAUCAAUGGAUCACUC